AUGCCCUCCUGGACCGAAUCCCUCGCCAAGCGCGGCCUCUCCGUCGACCUCGACAAGGACCCCUUUGCCUUUUCCCAUGGCCUCACCGGCGUUGACCAGACGGGCAACUUCCUCUGGGUCGACACCCUGCUGGGCUGCUUCCUGGGCAUCAUUUGCCUCACCCUGAUCCUCCGCUUCUGCCACAUGUACAAUGCUCACAUGCGACAUGUCUCGACCAUGGGCACCGCCCACAGGCAGGUCUACUGGCGCCACAACCAGACCAACCUGGUUCCCUGGCUCAAGAAGCACGUCAUCUAUGCCCCGCUUUGGAAGAAGCGCCACAACGAGGAGAUCCGCCUGUCUUCGGCCAUCAGCAUUGGCACCCUGCCCUCGCGCUUCCACAUGAUGUUGCUUGUCACCUACUGCGCCAGCAACAUUGCCUACUGCCUCUGCCUGCCCUGGUCCCGCACCGAGUCUGCCUCGGUCGUGGCCGCUCUGCGUGGCCGCUCCGGCACCCUCGCCGCCCUCAACCUCAUCCCCACCGUCUUGUUCGCCCUCCGCAACAACCCCUUCAUCUGGAUGCUCCACGUGAGCUACGACACCUUCAACCUGUUCCACCGUUGGGCCGCCCGCAUCGUCAUCAUCGAGACCGUUGUGCACACGCUGUGCUGGAUGAUCAACACCUACAACGCUGGCAAAUGGGACGGCGUCGCUCAGCUGCUUCGUGAAGAGCCCUCGUAUGCCUGGGGAAUGGUCGGCACCGCCGCCUUCGUCUUCCUCUUCAUCCAGGCCUGGUCGCCCCUGCGCCACGCCUUCUACGAGACCUUCCUCAACUUCCACCGCAUCGGCGUUGCCCUGGCCAUUGCGGGCGCCUGGGUGCACAUUGACCUCCACGCCCUCCCCCAGCUUCCCUGGAUGAAGCUGUGCCUUGCCAUGUGGAUCUGCGAGUGGCUUUUCCGCGCGUGGAAGUGCGCCAAGCACAACGUGAGCAUGCGCCGUGGCAUGUCCAAGGUCACCAUCGAGGCUCUGCCCAACGACGCCUGCCGCGUGACCAUCGACCUUGUGCGCCACUGGUACCACCGCCCCGGCUCGCACGUCCACCUGUACGUGCCCUCUCUCGCCGGUUGGUCUUCGCAUCCCUUCUCCGUUGCCUGGGCCAGCACCCACCACCAGUCCAUGCCCACCUCGGUCGAGGACGAGAAGCUCGGCCUGCCCACGACCAACCCCGCCCACGACCUCACCAGGCCCAACCAGAAGAUGCGCAGCAUCUCGCUCGUCUGCCGUGCUCGCGAAGGCUUCACCCGCAAGAUGUUCGACCGCGCCAAGGCCCAGCCCAUGGGCAUCCUCACCACCUACGGCAUGGUCGAGGGCCCCUACGGCGGCCACGAGUCGCUCGACAGCUACGGCACCUGCAUCCUCUUCGCCGCCGGCGUCGGCAUCACCCACCAGACCUCGUUCGUGCGCCAUCUCGUCGCCGGCUACCACGGCGGCACCGUUGCGGCCCGCAAGGUGGUGCUGGUGUGGAGCAUCCCCAACACCGAGUGCCUGGAGUGGGUGCGCCCCUGGAUGGACGAGAUCCUGCGCAUGCCCGGCCGCCGCGAGGUGCUCAAGAUCCUCCUCUUCAUCACCCGCCCCAAGAACCACGCCGAAAUCAACAGCACCUCGGGCUCCGUCCAGAUGUUUCCCGGCCGCUGCGACGUCCAGACCAUCAUCGACCGCGAGAUCUCCGAGCGCAUCGGCGCCGUCGCCGUCACCGUGUGCGGUGCCGGUGCCUUCUCCGACGGCGUGCGGACAGCGGUGCGCUCGAGAGUGGACGAGGGCAGCAUAGACUUCAUCGAGGAGGCGUUCACGUACUAA